AUGUCCACUGCUACUGAGAGCGCGCCGAGGGAUCGAUAUUUGAACGCCCGGCUAGAAGAAUCAAUGGGCGCCAGAACGGUGCCAAUUCUUACCCCUACCAUCCAGAUGUCCGCUCCGUCGCCAGGAGACCCGAUGGAGAUCACGACCCCGACGAACUCGUCCGCCCCGCCGUCCGCCACCAAGAGCCCAGGCAGCGACGCCAAUGGCAUGAGCGAGCAUUCGGGAACCACCUCGCAGAACGAGCAGUCGCCCGCCGACACCAUCAUCAUGCCGGCCCCUGCCGCCGCCGCACCGGCAGUCCACCAGCCCAAGAUCGUCCAGACUGCUUUCAUACAUAAACUCUACAACAUGUUGGAAGACAAGAGCAUAUCGCACCUCAUCUCGUGGACCACCUCCUCGGAGAGCUUCGUGAUGCAGCCCUCACAUGAGUUCUCCAAAGUGUUAGCCCAAUAUUUCAAGCAUACCAAUAUCUCUUCCUUCGUGCGACAGCUGAACAUGUAUGGUUUUCACAAAGUAGUGAGUGACGUCUUCCAUCAUGGAGGGCCUGACACGGCCAUGUGGGAGUUCAAGCACGGGAACGGGAAUUUUAAGCGCGGGGAUCUGGUGGGAUUGCGCGAGAUCAAGCGAAGGGCCUCGCGCCAUGCCCUGGUUCACCGGGAAUACAACCACCAGAAACCGCCAUCCUCCCAGCCCGGCACGCCGGCCGAGUCCAUGCCGCCAAUGCAGGAAGGAAGCGACCCAAGGCUCGGCAACAUUGAACACACGCUCUACGACCUGAGUGCUCGACUGCAGCGCAGCGAGGAAAACUCGCAUUUCAUGCACGUAAAGCAACAAGCCAUGAUGGACACCGUCGCACGCCUCUUGCGCUUCAACCAAGAGCUCUCGCGCGCUGUCCUCUCCCUUGCCCCGAGCCCAGAUAAUCCGAUACAUCGAGACAUUGUCGCGUUGCAGGGGGAUAUCCAGCGCCAGGCGGAGACGAUCCGCUCAUUAGACGAUUCCCACGAGCCGCUCUUCUCGAAUAACCGCCAAUUCUUCUCCAACCUCGAAAACCCCCCCGUCUCACCGCGGCAAUUAGCCCAAGAUGAUCCCCGACGGAACAGCCUCGCUGUUCCACAGGUUCGGCCUCCAAACUACUACCGGCCCUCCGUUCCCUCAAACCUAUCCAUUAGCACGCGUCGGCCGUAUGGAUCAAUCGGCGCAAGCACAACCCAGUGUUCACCUUCGGCACUCCGGCCCCAAAUACCACCGCCCCCUCCAGGGCCCCACCCCUUGGCCAACGUCGAGCUACCUCCCAGCAGCCUAGCUCGACGACAUACAUCAGCCGAUAUCCGGGCUCACGGCUGGCAGCCAACCCCCCCGCCCUUUGUCUCCUCAGGCCCACCCUCGACACAUUGGCCGUCCUCGCCUAGCCGUGUUGCCCCUGAGGAACAGCGGAUACGGGAGUCCUUGUCGACUUACUCUCUUCAGAGUAACUCGCAACCCCAUUCGAGGCCAGCCUCGCCUCCUCCACCAUUUGCCAACGGCGGCGGCAGCGGGGGAAUUGACAGCUUCGGGAGCUGGUCAUGGAACGCUGCCAACCGUGGAGAUAAUAAGAACCUCUCGAUCAGGGACAGCUCAGCUCCACCGACUAGAAGAGGAAGUAUGGCUCAUAUUCUUAACCCGACCGACACUGCGGAGAGGGAAGACGAAGACGAGAUCGAUCCUAGGGGCGAAGACGAUCGGAAGCGGAAGCGCUUGCAAUGA